GUCCUCAAAUCCCACCAGCGACGCCCGCCUCACUGGCUCUCCCACCGAUCGGAACCACGCCGUGCACAUCCAGCUCCUCCGUCGCCCCGCCAACGCCGCCUGCCAACGAUGAGCCCCACAACCGAAGUCUCGCAGAUCUACGACACCAUCCUGAUCCUCGACUUUGGAUCGCAGUACACCCAUCUGAUUGCUCGCCGCAUCCGCGAGCUCGGCGUGUACUGCGAGCUGCUUGCGUGCACUACCAAGCUCUCCGAAAUCAAAUUCAAGCCCAAGGGUCUGAUUCUUUCCGGAAGCCCGUACUCGGUCUAUGAUCACGACGCCCCGCAUAUGGACCCUGCCUAUUGGAGCCUGGACAUUCCUAAGCUAGGCAUUUGUUACGGCCUCCAAGAAAUAGCCCAUACUCGCGGUGGACAGGUUCUUCCAUGCGACAAGCGCGAAUAUGGCCACGCCGAAAUCAGCGUCCAGGCCUCAGAUAGCAAGCUCUUUGCUGGCCUCCCUGCCAAGUUGAAGGUUUGGAUGUCCCACGGCGACCAACUGGCCAAGGUGCCCUCUGGGUUCCGCGCCGUUGCCAACACAUCCACUUCACCCUUCACGGCCAUCGACUGCGAGGCCGAGCGCAUUUACGGCAUUCAGUUCCACCCCGAAGUUACUCACACCCCUCUGGGCUCUCAGCUCUUGAAGAACUUUGUCAUUGGUAUUUGCAACGCUUCGAGCAACUGGACUAUGUCUGAUUUUAUUGAAAAGGAAAUCCAGCGCAUCCGAAACAUCGUUGGCCCUACCGCCCAAGUUGUCGGUGCGGUCUCUGGCGGCGUCGAUAGCACGAUUGCCGCUAAGCUCAUGAGCAUGGCCAUCGGAGACCGAUUCCACGCUAUCUUGGUCGACAACGGUGUUAUGCGAUUGAAUGAAUGCCAAGAUACCAAAAUGAUUCUUGAAGAAAAGUUGAAGAUCAACCUCACAGUCGCCCAGGCGUCGGAUCUGUUCCUUGGCCGCCUCAAGGGUAUCACCGAUCCCGAGUCUAAACGCAAGAUUAUCGGAAACACCUUCAUCGAAGUAUUUGAGUCUGAGGCCCAUCGCAUCGAACAGGAGGUCGAGCACCAAGGAAAGGGAAAAAUUGAGUUCCUUCUGCAGGGCACAUUGUAUCCCGAUGUCAUCGAGAGUAUCUCGUUCAAGGGUCCUAGCGCCACCAUCAAGACUCACCAUAACGUCGGUGGCCUAUUGGAUGACAUGAAGCUCAAGCUGAUUGAGCCUCUGCGCGAGCUUUUCAAAGACGAAGUUCGCGCCCUCGGCAAGGUGCUCGAGAUCGACGACGAAUUGGUCUGGCGCCACCCGUUCCCCGGGCCUGGCAUUGCCAUUCGCAUUCUUGGUGAAGUGACCCCUUCUCAAGUCGCAAUUGCUCGACAAGCAGACUAUAUCUAUAUUGAUGAGAUCAAAAAGGCCGGCCUUUACCGCAAGAUUUCCCAGGCCUACGCCGCUCUUCUGCCGGUUCGCUCUGUCGGUGUCAUGGGCGACAAGAGAACGUACGAGCAGGUUAUUGCACUCCGCGCCGUUGAGACUCGGGACUUUAUGACUGCAGAUUGGUUCGAGUUCCCAUACGAUGUCCUGAAGCGCAUUAGCAGUCGAAUCAUCAACGAAGUUCAAGGUGUUAACCGCGUGGUGUACGAUGUCAGCUCGAAACCCCCAGCCACGAUCGAAUGGGAAUAAGAGCGGGAUUCUCAUGGGCGACACAGAACACGCCUCCAGAUGAUUUCGGAUCUCAGACGCCGCAUCUGUGACUGUUUUUUUGAGCGAUUGGAUGGAUUAGCGACGCUGCUGAUCGCUCACAGAGAAGAGGACCCCUGUAUAGGUGACCAAGGGCACCCUUUCGGGUAAACAAUACAUGCCCAUUCGUCAUACAA